CAGUAGACCUCGAGAAGACAAGAUAUCAAUAUUGUUAAGGGUGGUUCCAACGGCAUCACCCGCGUUUUAAACUCAGAUGACCGUUACAACGUAUUUAUUCGGAAUAUGGUAGAAAAGAAAUCACCGAACAGCGCAGAUUAAACAAAAAAAGAAGGAAGGAAGAGAGGGGGGAAAAGGAGAGAGACAAAGUUGAGUUUGGGAGAUCCAUGGUUGGUUUAGUGAUAAUUCGAGAGCUUUCCAAUUGAAGAAGAAGAAAUGUUGGCGCUGCCGCCCCUCUCUAUUCUCUUCCUGAGCUAUGAAUUUUGAGGCAAUUACAAGAGCUUUACGCCAUUGUGGGCGAGUUCUUGCCAUCGGCCAUGGAAAAUCACUCCAUGCCCAACUGAUAAAACAAGGAUUUUGUAGAGAUGUCUUCGUUGCAAAUAAUAUAGCGGCUAUGUACGCUGAUCUCAACUUAUACGAUGCUGCGCAGAGGUUGUUCGAUGAAAUGCCCGAGAGAAAUGUGGUCUCAUGGACUACCUCAAUUUCAGCACAUAUCCGUGCCGGCAAUCCUGCUGAGGCAUUGAGAGUCUUUUCCUGGAUGCUGGGUAAUGAAACGGAAGAACCGAACAGCUUCACGUUUUCUGCCGCUCUGAAGGCUUGCAGUAUGGUUGGGAAUCUCGAAUUGGGUAAGUGGAUCCAUGAGCAAGUUUUGAGAGCUGGGCUGCAGUCUGAUGCUGUUUUGAUGAAUGCUGUUCUUGAUAUGUACUUAAAAUGUGGGAGCUCGAAUGAUGCUCGAAGAGUUUUUGAUUGGUUUUCUUCAGUUAACUCUACUUCAUGGAAUACAAUAAUUGCUGGCUAUUCUCGAGAAGGCAAUAUGGUUGAGGCAGAGGCCCUAUUCCUUCAGGUUCCUGAACCUAAUGCUGUCUCAUAUAACACCAUGAUUGCUGGAUUUGCACAAUUAGAGAGUCCGAAAGCAUUAGAUUAUGUUAGCAUGAUGCAUAAAGAGGGCUUUAAACUUGAUCAUUUCACCUUUCCUUGUGCUCUCAAGACCUGUGGCAGCCUAAGAUUUGAAAAAAUGGGACAACAGAUUCAUACCUACAUAGUCAAGUGUGGUUACAAACCAAGCCUUUUUGUUGGGUCAUCACUCAUUGACAUGUAUGCAAACUGUGGUCAGAUGAUUGAUUUUAUAAAGGUAUAUGAUGAAUACUCAAGCUACAAAGGGUUCAAUUAUGAAAGACUACCACUACUGAAUUCAAUGCUUUCUGGAUUUGCUAUCAAUAGGUAUCACAGGCAGGCGCUUGAUCUUGUUUCGGAGAUCCACAGAAUGGGCAUUGGACUUGAUGCCUUUACUCUUUCGAGUGCCUUAAGGGUUUGUAUUAACCUGAGGAAUCUGAGAAUCGGGCUUCAAGUCCAUGGUUUGAUAGUCACUAAUGGAUGUCACACAGAUCAUGUUGUUGGCAGUGUUCUUGUUGAUCUUUAUGCCAAAUGUGGAUAUCUGGAAGAUGCAUUGAGAUUGUUUCAUGGGCUUCCUCACAAGGACGUAAUUGCAUGGGCUGGACUAAUUGCUGAUUGUGUUCAACAUGGGUCAAAUCAUUUAGCAUUUUCUUUAUUCAAAGAUACGAUGAGUACAAAAAUUGAAGCAGAUCAUUUUAUUGUCUCAAGUGUUCUUAAAGCUUGUUCGGUUCUAGCAUGGGCUCUAGGUGGUAAACAGGUUCAUGCUUACAGCAUCAAGGGAGGGUUUGAGUCAGAAAGCAUCACUAGUGCUUCUUUAAUUGAUAUGUACUCAAAAUGCGGAUAUAUUGAUGAUGGACUUAGAGUGUUUGAGUCUGCAGCAGAGAAGGAUACUAUUUGCUGGACAGGAAUGAUCUUGGGAUGUGGGUACAAUGGUAGAGCAACAGAAGCAAUUGAGCUCUUUGAAAAGAUGUUGAAAUCAGGGGUGGAACCCAAUGGGAUCACUAUACUGGGUGUUCUUUCCGCUUGUAGACAUGCUGGAUUGGUUGAGGAGGCAUCCAGGUUUUUCAAGGCCAUGAGAGAGAGGCAUGGACUAGAGCCAAGUUUAGAGCAUUAUUGUUGCAUGGUAGAUAUUCUUAGCCGAGCUGGAUGUGUUGAAGAGGCUAAGCAGCUGAUCUCUAAUAUGCCUUAUGAAACUGAUGACGUGAUACAUAACUCAUUGCUCGGGGCUUGUUUGAUCAAUCAGAAUAACCUUGCAAAACUUGCUUCACUAGAUUUGCUUCCAUCGUCAUCUCAUGAUACAUCCGGGAAUGUUACCCUGUCAAAUAUUUUUGCGAGCCUGGGCAUGUGGGAUGCUUCAGCUAAGUUUAAAGAGGCAAUAAAAAGAGUUAGCAUAAAAGAAGCAGGAAGAAGCUGGAUUGAAGUUAGGUCUUAAAGGUAUCUUGCUAUGCUUACUAUAUCCUAAUUUAUGGAUGACGUUCCCCAAUUGGUGGAAGUAAUUAACAGCCAAAUAGCUUUGCCAUCAGGGAUAAUGCUUUCCCCAAAUUUCUUAUGAGGCACAAAUGUUAUCAGGAAGUGACAGAAAAGAGCUUUUAUUGGAAGAAAAUAAAUCUACCCCACUCAAGUAUUUUUGAGUAUAAUUUGAGGGAUUUUUGAUCUGGUGGCUUAGUUGAACCUGACAGGAGGCUAUGGAAGUUUGAACAUAAAAGGGAAUGACCAUUUGAUACCAGAAUAGAGUCAUGUGAAAAAUCUGGUAGGCACCAGCCAAAUGAACAUGUGAAAUAUUUUCUUCCAAAUUGGUUAAAGUUGGUGUUUAUUGCUUGAGAUUCACUAAAUGAAGGGAGGUUAUGAACACUCGAGGUCCAUGUUUCUGAAUUUGUGAGCAAGCCACACCAAACAUCAGAUCAUGAUAUGCCCUUGGGAAGGAGUUUUCUUUUGUGCAAUCUCAUGGUGUUCAUGUCUGUAUUAUCAAUUGUUCUUUCUAGUUGAAAUCUCAUGUUUUUACAAUAAGAAUUAUGUGCUUUGCAGCUAUCUGGGUUCACAAUGGAAAUUUCACGGGCCAAGCUUGUACAAGUCAAAAGGCAAGGUAGUUCUUUGUGGUAUUCAUCCAUAGUUAAAGAGACGUUGGAAAUGAUCUAAAUUUAUGUAUGCUAUCACUUAUCUCGUGUAUGAUACAAGAGUCCAAUUAUCAUUUACAAACCUAGGACAUCCAUUUUCUGAAGUAAAUAAAAUGCACCGGUUGUCAUCUUCUUCCUUUAAAGGUUGCUGUGAUAUUAUAGCAGCAUCUCCCAACUGGUCGGGCUCUUCUUGGCAUGGGUAGAGCUAAUGGAUGCAUUACCCCAAAGAAAAGGAUGGCAUUUACUAGGCCUCCACCAGAUCAAACUUGGUCUCUCACAUGGUUGUCUGUGUUAUCUUCCCUUUUCUUUUGGAUAAGAUUGAGCCAUCAUUUCUUAGUUUAUGGUUGAUGUUUGAUUCAGUUAAUUUACAUACCAUGCUUUAUCAUUUUGAUCUGAGUUCAUUAGUUCCAUCAUUAGAGAUAUCAUCUAGUAUUGUCUAUUCUGAGAGCUAAAUGCGUAUAGUAUUAAUAAAUAUUAGUUUUAUAAUUUCAAAUUAUUCAGUGUAUUAGGUGUUGAGAUCUUUGUAUCUGUUAUUGUAAUGGAUUCCAUAUGUGAUUCAUUACAAAUCCAUAUAUGUUCAAAUGUAAAUGUACACAAUCAACAUCUAGUUCUCUUGCAUCACUUGAAUGGAGAUUAGAACUAAAUGACAACUGAAUCACAUUGAUUAUUGAGGAAUAAUGAAUCAAUUCUAGCUUACAAAAACACUAGUCUGUUAUAUACUUUAACUGCUGCUAGUGAAUCAUGAUCACUUCCACAGAUAAGGUACUUCAUGCCUCUUCAUUAUUCUUAACAUCAAGGCAUUUACUUAUUCUGUAUUUCAUGCACCAUGUCUUGGCAGUACUUCAUUUCUUUGCAUUCUUUCAGAAUUUGAAUCAUUGGUGUACUUGAGAAUGCUUUCUGAGGAGUCAGUUUCAUCACUUUCAUACGGUAGUACGACCACAGGGGCAGCAUGAACAGAUGCCCAACGCUCCUGUAUAAAGCUCCUAAAUUUCAAUACCAUUUCCCUUCGGAAAUCUAGCUCCCUUGUGAAGAUA